GUAGAUUGUGUGUACGUCCAUCUCGAGAGUAAAUCGACAAGAGAGAAUGGUACGGGGGCUGAAGGAAUUUAGCGAGCCCCUAGAAGCGGUAGAGGAUAAGGUUAAUAACUCUACCACUAGAGCAGAUAUUGAGCGGAUAUCGUCCAGAUUAAGUGAAUAUUCCCGCGAGGCUAGCGCCAUAUUAGCCAAACUCGAGAAUGACAGCAAAGCAAUAGACGAGCAUUACAGCGGCUUAAAACUAGAGGCUUUAAAGAAGAGAAAAAGAGAGGAUGAAGAAUCUUCAACUGCACAGGCUAGUGCGACGACAUCGAGUUCUACGCCGACCGGACAAAAUCUAACCCAGACAACACUCAACCCUUUCAAAUUAAAGAUACAAACUAAUAAGCCAAAGAGAACAUUAUCCUUUGACUUACCUUCUACCUCCCAGUUACCACGUCCUGCUCGUACAAAGCCACUCCCUCCAACGCCAAAAACGCAGGACAUCGUGAAUGAUGAUUUCGUAGAUAAGAAGCCAGCAUCACAAACACAGAUUAGUACAUUUUAUAGCUCAAUUGAACCCUAUUUGAGACCACUGGGUGAGGAUGACUUGAUGUUCUUGUCCGCAAAGGGUGACGAAGUGACUCCGUACACAAUUCCACCUCUAGGCAGACCCUACCUUAGCGUUUGGGAAGCUGAAGAUGCUGGUUUACCAUUUACAUCAAUUGAUCAACCCAGUAUACCCCCAUUGCCCAGGCCUACAUUGACUGCUCAGGAUAUGUCAGACGAUAGUCUCAUUAAUGAAGAUUUCAGUCUAGGUGCACUCAGUGAAAGAUUAGUUUCCGCUUUGUUACCAAUCAACAAGCCGACAGAGGAAUACACGAACGAAACACAAGAUGUCACAACAGAUAAAGUUGCAGUAGGAAUGCUUGAUGACUCUCUAAGGAGAGAGCUUAUCAGUAUAGGUAUAUUAAAUGAGGGUGAUUUGGGACCUACACAACCAAUUGAUGAUGAGAUAAGUGUGCAACUCGCGCAUCUACAAAAUAUUCUUCAAGUACAAUCUCAAAUGAAUACUUCUCGUCGUUUACAUCUAUUAGGACGAGCUAAAGAGAGAAUGGCUGCGCAGGAAUAUAUAACACUUCUUACAGAUGUAGAAAAAACGAUAGAAGCUGGUUGGGCAAAGCGACAAAAGCAAUUAACAAGAAUAAAAAAGAAAAAGACGGAAAAGGCAGCACAAAUUGCUCAACAGCAAGCUGCUAAAAAGACUGGGAAAUUACCACCACCUACUUCAGGCAGUAGCACACCAAUAACUCAGAGUAAUUCAAAUGCAGAUCUAAUGUCAGAUUUAGGUGAAAGUGUUAAACGUGCUAUUGAAUGUCGUAACUUGUUAAUUCAAAAUGUUGGUAAACCUUUAAUGCAGGAGAAUGAGUUACAUCCAGGUAAAUAUUUUGGAUUAAAAGAACAAGAAGCUGGUGCGAUAGUCGCGAAUAUACGUGAUUCAGUUGAUAUAUCAGAGAAAGAGCCAAGUAUGGCACCUGAAGAAGAAGAUGAAGAUAUUCCAAUCGUAGAGGGUGUAAGAUUACGAUAAAAGUAAACCGAUAAAUGCUGAAUGUAUUAAAUAUAUAUAAGAUGCUAUUU